UACAAGUCUUCCCCUCGAUUCCGUAGCACAGUGCUUCCCGCGAAGUUGUCCUUCCAUGGAAACCCUCUCCUUUCGCCCUCCUCAAUUUUCCGAUGAUGUGGCUUGGCUUCCGGCUUGGCUUCAACCUAAUCAACCAACACCAGCUUCCGAAGAUGUCCCUAAUCAGGACCCCUUCCGUCAUUCUCUACAGAAUGUGGAUCUCUUUGAAGGAGAAACAGGAUCGUUUAUUGAAUCUAUUGUUUUAAAUAAUGGGCAAGGAAAAAAUAAUAAUUUUCAAUUGUAUUUAUCUGGAGAUGAAAGCACUCCUCUUACCAUGACUCCAUCUUGUGAAAAGCAGGUAUUCCAUUUCAAAUUACAUCUUUCAAUUGGUGAAACUUCACCUAUAAUUUCCAGCCCAUUAUUUGAUGUCUCACAAGAUGACAAGUGUAAUUUUAUACCAGCUCUUGUUGACUCAACCGGAAAUAGCCUUUGCUACAUGGACCAUAAUUCUAUGAAAAUGAAUAUUUUUUCUUCAAGAGAAAAAGUUUCUGGAUGUUCUGGUGACCAAAUUCCACUACAUAGUGAUCCUGGAAGGAACACUUUAGAGAUGUCAAAUCAAAAGUGUGCUGAAUGUAAUGAUAUAGGUAAUGCUGUAGAGCUCUCUGUUGCCGCAUCAGAAGCUUUAGUCAUACAUGAAAUAGUUGCAGACGGGUUGCCUUCAGCAAUACUGGAAGUUGCGCUUCAAGUGAAGAAAGCUCGAUUAAAUGGAAAUAAAGAUUCUCCAUGUUGCUGUAAUGAUUUUGAUGAAAUUGCUGAAAUAAUAUCAGAUUUAGCUGACUCUGACAUGGAGGAUGCAUAUAAUGAUGUUGGUUUGUGUAUUAGUAGUUUGGCUAAUAUUUCUUUUCGGGAAACAUCUAUAUCUCGAGUUCAGGAGACUCCAAUGUCACAAAACCCUGGAAGGGAAUGUGAAUUGCUGGGGGACCAGGAGAUCAACUUGAAUAAUAAUUUUCUAACGGAACUUCAACAGAACAGCUUUGAAACUAAUAUACUAAAGGACCUUUCUGAUCAUGAGAAGCUAGAAAAUGUGCUUGAAAACCCACCUUCUGAUAAUCAAUUGCAGAUUAAUAAUUUGGAUUGCCAGCAAACAUUACAGGAAGAAAAUAAUGGCAUGUCCUCUGUAGAUGGCUUACCUUAUGAACUAGAAGUAAACCCUUCACCUCAAUCUCAUCAUAUAAGAAAAGUAAGAUUAGAUUCUACAUCUACAAGGCAUUCAAAUUAUGCAGACAUCAAUAAGGUGAUCAAUAGUGCACACAGAUUUAAGAGUCGCUGGUUUGGUGGUUGGACAGGAAUGGAAAGAGAUCUUUCUGGUGAAAUGGACUCAAUAGGAAAAUACAGAAAAAACAUUUGUAAUCUUUUUGUCCGUGAGACAAGCUAUCUUUCAGAAUCCAUGGAUAUUGUUUCUGAUCAGAAUUCUGCUGUGCAUAAUAAUCAUACCUCAAAUGCUUUAGAAUCUGGAAAAUAUUAUGAGGAUUUGAGAAAUGCAGCUAGUGAAGGAGCUUUAAUCAGUCAGGUAGCUGCGGAGAGUUCUCCGUCAUUUGUUGAUCCUCUUUGUUCAAUGGUUCCCUGUAGCAUUUCCGUUGAAAUCGAUGACACCAUAGUACCUAUUAAUUACAGUGAUGUUCAUCAAGUUCUUGAUGCUUUCCAAACACACCCUAGUACAAGAAUUCCAACAGAAAGUCCCCAGUUAAUUUAUGGUGAUAAAGAUGAAAAUUUAAGCAGAGAUGAGCACGAUGACCUGGAAUCCCAUGAUAUUGUUGCUCCUGUAGUGCGAACAUUGACCUCUCUCAGGACAUACAGUAUUGGACUGCCUGGAAUUUCUGAUUUUUCAUUCAAGAGAAACGAUAGCUGUGAAUUUGUAAACUCAGGGGAAUAUGAUGCAAGGGUUUUUUCUUAUUCCGCCAAAUCAAAUGAGAAGGAUAGAAGUCACACAAUAAAGCAGCCACCAGUUAACAUGGAAAAUGAGGUGAUGAGGCCUUUUUCAGUGGAAGAACUCAUUGGCUGCCCCAACACCUCUGAAAAGAAAGAUUUUGAAAAGCAAACACCUGCUAAUUCUGUGUUCGGCAGUACUUCUGCAAUAUAUACUAAGGAAAAUCACGUUAAAGAUGCUUGCGGAACACCAGCUAAGGAUGAUUUUGAAAGAACUGCUGAAAAUGUUGGGCAGAUGCAUGUUCAUCUGGAGGAGAUUCCAGCAUCUCCUCUUUCCCUAUGUCAUAGGACACGGAGAUUUAAAGUUCUAAAACUUCAUGCUGAUGAGGUCGCAACCAUGAAUAUAGUAGAACAUCAAGAUCCUGUUUCUGAUACAAUUUGUCAAUAUAUCAGUAAACGUCGUCCAGAUCAGGUUAGGGAUCUUUCCACAAGUAAAAUGCCACCUCGAAAGCGAGUUCGGUUUUCAGAGGUUGACUCUAAACUUGAAUUUUCUCAAGGUCAUCGACUUAAUCUCAGAAAAAUAGGCACUUGUAAAAAUUACUCAAGUUGCAGGUCGGGGGAUAGGCUUGAGAAUUAUAACCAGGAGCAAGGUACUGCUUCCCAAGACGUAAAAGAGCGUCUUACUAAAUGUUGCUUGAAAGAUAGGAAGAGAACUAUAUUCCGAGGUUUAGAGUUUUUGCUAACAGGCUUUUCAAAGAAGAAAGAAAAUGAAAUUGAAGGGCUUUUGAGGAAACAUGGUGGCACCGUACUUUCUAAUAUUCCUCCUCCACCUCCUCAUCCAAGGAGGAAGUCCUCAAGAUCUAAUCUGGAAAGGCUUCCUGUUGUCCUGUCCACAAAGAAGUUGCAAACAACAAGAUUCUUGUAUGGUUGUUCUGUGAAUGCCUUCUUGCUUAAAGUUGAUUGGGCAUAUGAUUCUAUCAGGGCGGGUUCUGUCUUGCCUCCUGACAAAUACUUAGUAUUAUCCAAUAAGAGUAGCAGAAUGUUAAACCAAAUUGGGAAUUCAAUUUGUCAAAGUGACAAUGACUAUGUCUUUGAUAAAGUUGGCAUCAUGCUUCAUGGGACGCAUAAUUUUUGUACCAAGCUGGCUAAAGUGAUUAAGCUUGGACGAGGAUACGUAUAUAAAAGUCUACAGUGGCUGGUUCAAAGCCUGGAGAAAAAUAAGAUUUCUCUUGGUGCUGUUGUUGCAGAAGAUUUGAAUCGUGCAACUCGUCACCUAAAGAAGUGUGCUUCUGAGCAGAAAAUUCCUGUAGUGUCGGCGAGAUGGGUCAUAAACAGCUUAUUGAAAGGGACGCUACUCCCUGUACAGGAAAAGCAUCAACCAUUGAAUCAACAAGCAACUAGAGACCCGGAAUUGUCAGGUUUGCAAGAAUGGAGCCAGGAGAUCUGAAUAUCUGACCGUUUCCUCUCGUAGUGCUGUUCGAUAGCUGGACCCUGGUUGCUUGAUGAUAGUCAUAAUGAAUAGUAAAACCAUUGGUUUCUUAGAUGAAUAGAAAUCCUGCAGCUUACAGAUCGUUUAACUGAGUGAGUUUUUUUCUUGGCUUGAUAUACCCAUGAUUUCUUUAAAGUAAAUAAUACUAGUACUAAAUCCUAGUGUAAAGAUCGGAGAUUUUGUGCUGCAAGUUCAUCAAUUUCAAGGCAAAUUCAUGUAAUUACAUUCAUUAGAGAAAAUUUAGUGCAGUAAUCUAUGGUAAAAUUAUCAACUAAAUUUGUUGGAAUUACUUUAUAAUGUUGCAUUUUGUGACAAAUGCAAUAAGCCAAUAACAUAUAAGCAAUGAGAUUCAAUUGCCUACAUUUAUUUAUUUAUAAAGAGUAAAGAGUACCAUCAACAUGUGUCGAGUACCUUCUUUUGAAAUUUCAACAUAUCACCUAGUCAGAUAGAAAUAUUCUACCAUUUGGCUGAACCACUCCAAUGUCUAGAAAUAGUUCGUUGAGCCAAUCAGACAUUUAAAAUUCUUUCACUGACCUGUUGAUUUCAGCUAACAUUUUUCUCAUCGC